AUGCCUGCUGACAGGAUGGUCAAGGGAAGUGCAGUGAAUCUGACCUGCAGCAGUGUUGCCAACCCACCAAUGGAAGUCUACACCUGGUUUAGGGUGAAUGAGUCCACUCCAGUAGGAUCAGGACAGCAGUACAGCAUCACUAACAUCAGCUCUGAGGUUGGGAGACAGUACUACUGUGAAGCCAGGAAUAAAUAUGGAGCUGAGAACUCAGCUGUUGUGUCAAUCUCAGUUGAAGUAGACAACACACUCAUGGUCUACCUUGUGAUUGGAGCUUCUUCUGGCUGUGGACUUCUGGGACUGUUGUGUUCUGCCUGCUUCAUCAGAGUCCGAUGUAGAGCUGAGAAGUCUGAGGACACAAGCGGACCAUGUUCAGACAAAAAGAAAGCAGAGGAGUCCAAUGGAAUGGACGACUGUGAUUAUGAAGAUUGCAUAUUUGAUCCUACCACUGAUAUGAAUUCAGUGUACCAGAAUUUCAAUCCAAAUACACAGGGCUAUGAUGAUCAUGAUGAUAUUUAUCAAAAUGUUUAG